AUGGCACAUGACCACAGCGAACCACCACCAAACAGCAAGGUUCGCGACAUAAUUGAAAGGGCAAGAGUUGAGAAUCUGCCGGUUAUUAUUGGAGCUGAUGCCAAUGCACAUCAUAUUGUAUGGGGCAGCUCGGAUACCAAGGCAAGGGACUCUAAGCUAUCUUGGAGCCUUAAUAUUCAUGCGAGAGCGUCCAAGGCGGCUGUCGCUAUCUAUGCCUGCAGAAGGGCCAUUGGGAGUACCUGGGGAAUAAGCCCUAGGAAUGCGAAAUGGCUUUUCGAUAUGGUGGUUAAGCCCAUACUAAUGUAUGGAGCACUAGUUUGGUGGAAGGCUCUAAGUAAAUCCACCUACUGUGGGACAGUAGGUGGAUACAGUACUCCGUCUCGUGCUCUGUUUGUAAUGAUGCACUGGCUACCGGCUGAUCUGAUGGCAAAACAAUUGGCCAUAAAUUCGGCGGUUAGGUUAAGUACUGUUGGAGCAUGGAGGUCUAGUUGUACUGGCCAUGCGUCUAUUUUGGGCAGUAUAUCUUAUCUCCCUGCUAAUAUUGACUACUGCACUCCCUUACCCUUUAUUGACAGACGCUUCUCUGUGUCAUUGACGGGUGGGUCUCAUUCUUCCAUGGACACGUUUGUCAUAUACACAGAUGGCUCUAAGUCUGCGGAUGGGGUGGGUGGAGGCUUCUAUAUUCCCCAUCUUCAGAAGAGGGUGUGUUUCAGGCUACAUGAUCAUUGUAGUGUAAUUCAAGCUGAGAUUUCAGCGAUCAAAAGGGCGGUACACUGGAUGAAGUACUAUAGGCUAUUUGGUGUGAAUAUCCGAAUCUGUACCGACAGUAAGCCUGCAAUUAAAUCCCUAUCUGGCGUCUACUCGACAUCCAGAUUGGUAUAUGAAUGCCGGGUAUCUCUUAAUGAGAUGGCGAGACAUUCUAACCUGGAGUUAUUCUGGGUGCCUGGUCACUCUGGUGUACCUGGCAAUGCUAUUGCGGAUGAACUGGCCAAAAGAGGCUCUCGUCUACAAAUUGACGAGAUCGAUAACUUGGUCGGUUCACCGCUGUCUUGCUGUGAAGAACUUCAAUUGUGGUAA